AUGUCUUCCCAAGCUUCUACAAAGAAGGACACUGUCGAGAUCGACAACAGCAAGAUCCUUGAAUCUUCAACUCCCAAACCCUUGAAAGCUCCCUCAGCAAAAGAGCCAGCCAAGAAAUCAGAGCCGAACCAGGCUGUGGAUGAGAUGGUUGGAGCUCUCAGCGCAGAGAUAGAGCAGACAAUGGAGGAGAUGAAGGCCGUCUGGGAAGUGAUGGACGCUGAAAAUGAGGAGCUGUACGUGGGCCCGGAAUGGAUUUGA